GCAUUCCCAUGUACAGCUUGGGAGGCUGGACAUUGGAGAAAGUGGAUAGAGCUCCCUAGCAUUGAGCCAGGGCAGUUAAAGGGGUAUUUCUGGUCUGUGCUUUAGGCCUCUAUUGCUACACAGCUGGAGCUAGAGAGAGAGAAAACCAGGGUUUGCUGUUAUUUUACGACGCGCCGUAAAGCAGCAGCGUUGCAACAAGGCUAGAGACUCCCAUGGCUUCUCUGGGAGGGAAGGUGCUGACUCUUUGCCUGUUGGGAUCAUUCACGUGUCUUUUUUCACAGUUCUGACGAACAGAGUGGCAGUUCAACCAUUGUGGCUCCACUCCUUUCAAAUCUGGUCUCCUUUGGGAAUUUCUGGAUCCUUUGUUUCUGUCGUUGGAAGAGAGACUGUGGGGUAACCAAUCAAAGCCAUGCCUCUCUCAACCCAAGCCGAAACAGAUGAAGAGCAGAAUGUUCUGGUGGCAAAUCUUGACAAUGUCAGAAACUUGUCCAAUAUCCUGAAAGCCAUUCAGUUUAGAGAUCAUGCGACCUGCGUUGCUACUACAAAUGGACUGAAGGUUACGGUGGAAAACGCAAAGUGUUUGCAGGCCAAUGCAUUCAUUCAGGCAGGUAUUUUCCAAGAAUUUGUGGUACAGGAAGAUUCAGUGAUGUUCAGAAUCAACUUGUCUGUUCUUUUAGACUGCUUGACCAUCUUUGGUACUAGUUCUCUCCCAGGAACUCAGACAGCCCUACGGAUGUGUUAUCAGGGUUAUGGUUAUCCUCUGACACUUUUCCUAGAAGAAGGCGGUGUGGUGACCGUGUGUAAAAUCAACACCCAGGAACCUGAAGAGAUCCUUGAUUUUGAUUUCUGCAGCACAAAUGUUGUAAACAAAAUUAUCCUGCAAUCAGAGGGGCUGCGAGAGGCAUUUUCUGAACUGGACAUGACCAGUGAUGUGCUGCAGAUUACAAUGUCUCCAGACAAACCUUAUUUCAGAUUAUCCACAUUUGGAAAUGCUGGAAGUGCCCAUCUAGACUACCCCAAAGAUUCUGACCUAAUUGAAUCUUUUCACUGUAACCAAACCCAGACAAACAGAUACAAGAUCGCAUUGCUCAAGCCAUCUAUUAAAGCACUAGCUUUAUCAUGCAAAGUCUCUAUUCGGACAGAUAACCGAGGCUUUCUCUCAUUACAAUACAUGAUCAGGAAUGAAGAUGGACAGAUCUGCUUUGUGGAGUAUUACUGUUGUCCUGAUGAAGACAUUACUGAGCAAGAGAUAUAGCUGAGAGAUGGAAUCCAUUUAUUAUUCUCUUCCUUUAUUAAAAGCCAUCUAGAACAUUCA